GCUUACGUCAGGCGUGUAUAUCAGCAAAUCUAAAAGAGCUGUCGGUGCAUUGAUUUAAAACAUGUUUUCAAUCCGUGUCGUCAGUAAUAGUUCAUUGCUUCGUACAAAUCAGGAGUAUUGAAUUCUUGGGUCGUGAUAGCUGUAUGACGCGUCAACAGCCCUUUAAUCUUGUCUGUCUAGCAUACGUGUUGUGCCAUGUUGGAGAAAUUUAUAAUCGCCUUGAUACUUUCCGCUUUGAUCUGCCACAAGGUUUGCAGCUUGUGUGAAGAUGGGCCAUGUAGUACCGGUCAAUACUUAAACGAUGCUGACGAAACGUGUCAUCCAUGUCCAUCUGGUCAGUACAUGGAUAAAGAGAACCACCAAUGCAGAAAUUGUUUCCCUUGUAAGAAAGCGGACGGGUCACGUGAGGUGAUCCUCAAACCGUGCACGGAUUUCGCUGACGCGGAAAUUGGCUGCACAAAAGGGUAUUUCUAUGAGAAAGACAGUGAUGUGAGAGAGAAGGGAUAUUGUGAAGAAUGUUCGACUUGUGGAGACAAAUGUGAACUUGUGCCUUGUGGAAAUCACGAAGAUGUGCAAUGUUGUCCAUGUCGCCGGAAUAGAAACCAGCCCGAAUUGUUUGAAUGUGUUGAUUUACAAACAGGUAACGGUUAGCACAGCUAUUGAUACUUUAAUAAUCAUGCAUACUUUUAUAUUACGUCGACACAGUGGCGUAUAAAGGGGGUGCUGAGGGGUCGGUCUACCCAAAGGAGGAACUUUUUUCUUCUUAUGGAGUAAUGGCAUUUUUGGCCAACUGCAAGAGUUUUUUUUUUCCUGAAGGGCGGAUUAAAGCUUGGUCACCUUGAGUGGCACCAACCUGGCAGCAGCGCCUCGAAUUUGAAGUGUCAUAAAAACUUGAUUCGAUAGGUUUGAAAAAGAGCGUUGAGACGUGGCCGCAAAACUAAGACAUUAUAAUGCAUACAAAAUAAUAUAAUAUAGAAACCUUUCUCUCUUGCUUUUAAACGCCUUGCAACUACAAAGUUAAGGUAAUCAUGUGUUCGCCUGAUAAAAGUGUUCCUAGUGAUCUUAGGCCACUGCAACCUAUGCGGGCCCCGCUCUUUCAUAGCCCCCGCGCUAAUUUAUUUUAUAAUACAAAAUCUUAAUUUUCACGAAUUAUCCGUAUCCCUACCCAGACUGGGCCCCGCGCAAUCCGUUUCGCAUAGGGCCCCGGAAUUGUUAGGGCCGGCCCUGGUGAUCCACAGAUGUUUAUAUAUACAUUUAUAUACCCCGUAUUCACUAGAGCUGGUCGUUAUAAUGUGAAUAUUAAAUACUAGAAAAGCAAAUAAAUUAUUUAAGUUCAAAAGUUAAUGUUAAAAAUAAAAUGAAGUAGUAUCAGUGGCCAGGGUACCAGUCGGGAUGGGCCAAGAUUUGCCGCCCCCUUCACUGGAAAACUCCGCAGUUGAUAAAAAAUUUCGCCCUCAAUAUAAAUGAACAAUGUUCCACCGGUUGAUAAGCGUCCGUGGCCGAACGCCUCUAGACCACGGAGCAACACCACUGCACGGUGGUGCCACAUGGGAUUUCGCCUCUUCGUGGCGUGGACGACUAGUAGGGGGGGGGGAACUCACCGAAGCUAAAAAAUCCUGACCCACUUGCAUGACUUCCAACGCAACGGAAGGCUCGCACUAACAUGAUUAUUUGUUGCCGGUAAUGGGUAUGAGGCAAUGGGUGGCAGCCCAAACCUUUCCGAUGAUUUAAAAGACGCGGCCCUGAGAAAGCUGCACCUAGGCGACCGUUUCGUCCCCGCUAUGUCCCGACCGGACAUCUCCCUGGGCGGUGGGGAGUGGUAACGCAACACCAUCUCCCCGGAGAGGAAGCAAAGCCGUCGUGACCCAUAGGAGAGUGGACUGCGGACGCUUUAAACGCAGUGUCUUCGGUCGACCGGACGUCCCUCAGGCCAGGAGGGAGGUUCAUGGCGCGCUUCCGCCGGGCCUGGAGUCGGGGAGACCCGGCUCUGGCCCCUAUGGGGGAGUGCCGGGGGGGUAUUAUGAGUGCAAACUCGACGACCCACCAACACCAUCUCCAAAGUGAUGUUAUAAGCCACUGACUAGUAUUAGCAUAGGCUGCUAUAAAUUAUGUGAUGUGGUGUGCAUUAGGUACUCCUAUGUCUGUAGAUGUUCUCCUAUUUCUGUAGAUGUACUCCUAUGUCUGAAGAUUUCUCCUAUUUCUGUAGAUAUACUCCUAUUUCGGUACGUGUACUCCUAGUUCGGUACAUGUACUCCUUUUUCGGUACAGGUACUCUUAUUUCGGGUCAGUUACUCUUAUUUAAACCAUUUUGUUUUCACCCACACAAGAGGCUCCUGAUUACUUUAAUGAUUUUUACAAUUGUUUCAAGGGGUUGGCGGCGUUUAAAGGCGUACUUGUUUUUUAAACACACCUAACGUGCAAUGGAAACGAAACUUCUUCAUAACACCGAGAUAUUUUAUUGAAAUAAAAUCUAUUUGUUCCUUAGACAUUUACUACAUUCGUAUUUAGCAGAUUAUUCUUGACGCCCACGGGCACGUUUGAACGUUCUUGCCUUAAUGCGUCAAACGGCAAUAAGUUAUUUGGUGUUUUUAUUGUCGGUGAUUCUUUGUUUCUGUUUGUAGACCAACCAAGCCUCAGGAAAGAAACCGUGUUGAUGGUCAACCAAGAUGACCAGCUGCCUGAUAUCGUUUACAGACUUAGAUAUCUUGUCACGAUCCUGAGCUUUCCAUUGUGUUGUAUCCUUUGUAUCAUUUUUUAUUCAGUCUUUGGCUCAUCUUGCAGACGUGGACAGUACUGCUACAUAAAAUAAUUACCGACGCCCCUGCCAUUCCAGAGGUGUCACAUAUUCCCAGCUACUGUAGACCAGUUAGCUAACUAAUUAUAGGUGUGCCACGUGUAACAUCAUCUAUAUAAACUUAUAAAUAACUAUACUGGCUUCAAUGCUUUUUCUUAUACUUACUAACACCACACUCACACGCAGAGAAACAAAGAGGAAGACGGAGAGAAGAAAGAAUGAGAGAGAGAGAGAGAGAGAAAAUAUGAGCAAAAAGGUCAAAUUAACCUUAUGACAGAUUAUAACGGAGUUACAAUGUUGAGAAGCCUGUUACAACCUAUUGUCGUUCCAAUAGAGAUACAUGGCACAAGCAUGAUGAGAUGUCUUUCAACAAUUUUUCUGUGUACAACGAUCUAGUUUUAGGUUUUUCAGAAUAAUAACAUUUCUUUUUUUUUAAAUGAAAAAAAAACAACAGUAUGUCAGUAACAAUGUUAUAAAAUGUAUACACGCCCCAAUGUGUAUGUGUAAUGUAUAUUGAGAUAAGAAGUCAUAAAUGAAUACCAAGGAAACAUUUGUAAAACUAUUUUUUGUUUGUUUUGUUUGCGGUUUUAAAAAUACAUUACUUUUCGAAUUUC